AUGGCCGCCUGCGAGCUGGCGUCGGCGGAGGCGUGGCGGGAGGCGACGGGCGGGCAUGGCGUUCUGGCACCGCUGGGACGCGCCGCACGAGACGCGCCCGAGUACCACGCCGAGCAAAUCGACCGACUCGGCGUCUUUGUUCGGUGCAUCGCGCCAGCGCUGGUAUCAGACAAAGGGCCGCGUCCGCGGGGCGCGGCGCCGGUGAGGUGCGCCUGUCUGCGACGGUGUGGCGCGCUGCUGCGCUCGCUCUCGCGGCUCGAGGCGGCCGAGUUUUGGCGGAUGCACCAGUAUCGCGACGGUCACAGACCCAUCCGGUGUGUAGAGAUAAGCGACGCUGAGGUGGCAUUGGGCGUGGCACUCACCCGCCCUGCCGAGCUCCGGCUGCGGCGAAUCGGCGCACUCCGGCGUGAGUCUGGCGAGCUGUACCUCAUCGAUGAGGACGAGGACAGCGUGCCGCUCUUUGCUCCGAUUGACCGUUGCGCUUCGCUGGGCUACUGCUCCGGGCAGGGCUGGUGUGUGUACGACGACGAGGAGUCGGACGCAGUGUCGUGCCUGUGCUUUGGCGGCGUGACUGGAAGCCACUGCCAGCAGGGCAACCGUGGGGCCGACUCGGCAUGUCUCAACAUGUGCUCCGGCCAUGGGACGUGCAUGCGCGGAUACUGCCUUCGGAUGGCACGCGACAGCAAGCGGGCUGAGCGUGGACUUUGGCGACACGGAGUGUUUAGGUUUGCGGAGGAGGUGCUAGCGGCAGGCGAAUGCCUGGUCAGAUCGGCGCGAGAUGCCGAUGUGCUUGUUGUCCCGUUUGGCGCCGGGCGGAUGUGGUCGCGCGAGCCGGUAGUGGCGCUGCUCGAGGCCGCGCGAGUGGCUAAGAGCGGCAAGACAUUGGUGUGGCUCCCGCUCAUGGAUGACGGCGGGAUUGGGGCAUACUUUGAUGAGAAUGACGAGGUUCUCGCGCGAGCGCGUGCGCUGGACUCUGUCUUUCUCGCGUACCACGGGCUGAUGAGCGGACAUGUCACCCGUGCGGCGCGCGGCGAGUUUGUGGGCGGAGUUGACAUUGUCCUCCCGCCGCAUCAUCCAUUUGUUGCCGACUACGCGCGAAAGCCCUCGCUGGGCUUUGAUCCGCACCGGCGACCGCGGCUGUUCUUUGCCGGAACCGUGGCUAAGUCGUCGGUGUGGCCGGUGGCGGACGGAAACGGGCGGCUGGCUGCGGUGGAGAUGGCAGAUGCGGCAAGGCGCGACGACUUUGUGGUUGUGGACGGCUACGUCGACUCUGUGGAGGCGAGCACGUUUGCAGCGCAGUUCAACCUCGCGCCGCUGGGGCAGAUUGGCGGAUGGGGCAUCCGUGGGGCGUUUGGCCUCGCAGCUGGCACCCCGCUUGUUGUGGUAGACGUCGGGUGCCGACAAAUGCUGGACGAGCUGUGGGCUUGGUCGGCCUUUGCACUCCACUUGGAGCCAAGCAAUGCUACAGGCAUACCGGAUGCAAUAGACAGCGUGGACGACGAACAGCUUGCGCAGAUGCGGGCAGCAGCAGGAUGCACCCGCGGAGUACUCGCCCUCGAUGGCUUGGUCGAGUCAUCGCACUCGCUCUGGCUGCAUGUGCUGGCUACGCUGGUGGCGCGAAAGCUCGGGCUCCAGCCACAACAUCCGUGCCAGCUUGACGUGCUCAGCCUUGUGGGGCUGCCAUAG